AUGUCUGGGUAAUAAAUAUAAGAUUCAGUGUAUCGCGAGUCUCCGACGGAUCAUACUCAAAAACAGUUAUGGCUGACGGAAACCUAUCCAAGAAAGCAACACCUUUGUAUGAGCAAAUGGGAGAGUUUACUGAAGACGAUGAAGUCAAAUUUACAUUUCCCAAUGAAGACAACAAACGAUUGUUCUUCUCCAUGUGUAUUUUAUCAAGAUGUUCACCUGCGUUUAAGGCCAUGUUUGAACACGAUUUUAAAGAAAAGAAGGAUAAGAACGUGGACAUUGAGGACAUAAAAUGGGAUGAUUUUAGACAGUUCUUAAACGUGUGUGAUCCGAUGCUAGCUGAACAUCCAACAGUUCAAAAUGUCAUCGCUGUGAUGGAAAUCGCAGAAAAGUACCAGCAUGAGUCCAUGAUAAAAGUGUGCAGAAGAAUAAUAAAAGACGAUUUAUUGAAAGGUACAGUUAAAUGCCCAGCAAAUAAAAUUAUUGAUGUUCUAUCAGUGGCUGUAAAGUAUGAUUACGAAGAGCUAUUGCAAGAAGGCGAGCGCUGUUUGGUGGAUUGCAAAUUUGAAGAUCUUCUCAACACGGAGCAUUUUGAAAAAUUGCCCUUAGAGUUCAAAUAUAGUGUAUUGUCAAAACGUGUGGUUAAAUGUAACAAAAACAUGAAGAUGACGAAGGGAUAUAACGCUUUUGUGAUAUAGAUGGUACUGAUGUGAAAUAAAACAAUGCUUUUCGAUAUAUUGAGGAAAACAUAGUAUGUGCGGGGCAAUCUUGUCCAGGUUACGUGAAAAUUACAAUACAAUUGAUAAAUUAUCACUGAUUAUCAACAAUUAUUCAUAAAAUGGCGAUAUAAGGGUAUGAAGAGGGAAAGAAAGUGUCGGUGUGUUUUGAAAUUCAUGAUUUUGCCAACAACAGAAAAUUUGAAAAUCCGACCGAAGGCCUAACGUUUCACAUAGCAUCAGAACGAUUGUUCAAAUCAAACUAUAACGUUGGUUUUAAUCGUAAACUUUUCAACGUUUCGACUUUGGUGAAAUUCAGAUGAUGGUCAUUGAUUCGACGAACAUUUUUCAUUAAAAUGUAAAUACACA